UGUUAAACCCAACAAAAUAUUUACUCAUCAAAAGCAAACACAACAGCUCUCGACUCACUGUGCAUCAAUUCAAUUCACAACCAAAAUUAUUAAAAUUAGAUUAAUUAAUAUUCACGACCAAAGAUUCAAUUCAAGGCGUAUAUUAAGCUGUUUCUUGGGGCUCUGUGACGCCGUUUCUGUCAUUUCCCAUCUUCCAUUUUCAUUUACUGCGUGAAAAAAUCUUUCCCGUCUUUUCAUUUCCUCAAGAAGAGGGCUUUUUACGGCGCCGGGAGUUUCUGCUAUCAAUCUUGAGGGAUUCGAUUUGAUUUUGAUUUUGAUUUGAUUUAGGGUAAAAUUAUUUGUAUUCACCUUUUCCUGAGUCGAAGAUUUUUCGAUUGGGGUUUUCUUUUGUCUGAAAGGAGGGAGCUUUGUUGUAUUGACACAAACACAAUCAUGGCAAACAGGGGAGCUUCCUUUUCUCAGCACCACACCAAUUUCUCAGCUCAAGGUGUUGCAGUGAAAGAUGCAUUGUAUGAGGAGCUAUGGCGGGCCUGUGCAGGUCCUUUGGUGGACGUCCCCAAGGUUGGAGAAAGGGUUUACUAUUUCCCACAAGGUCAUAUGGAGCAAUUGGAGGCAUCGACUAAUCAGGAAGUAAAUCAAAGGAUACAUAAGUUCAGUCUACCCUCUAAGAUCCUCUGUCGUGUUGUCAACAUUAAACUCUUGGCUGAGCCAGACACUGAUGAAGUUUAUGCUCAGAUUACUUUGAUGCCUGAGCCUGAUCAAACUGAGCCAGAGAGCCCUGAUGAUUCCCCUGAAGAACCUUCUAGGCCUCUUGUUCAUUCAUUUUGUAAAGUUUUGACGGCGUCGGAUACGAGCACGCACGGCGGGUUCUCGGUGCUUCGAAAGCAUGCUAAUGAGUGCCUUCCUCCAUUGGAUAUGAGCCAGCAGACGCCGACGCAGGAACUUAUAGCGAAAGAUCUUCAUGGAAUGGAGUGGCAAUUUAAGCAUAUAUUUAGAGGUCAACCUCGGAGGCAUCUACUGACGACGGGAUGGAGUUCGUUUGUUACGUCGAAGAGAUUAGUCGCCGGAGAUUCCUUCGUGUUUCUGAGGGGAGAAACAGGGGAAUUGCGCGUCGGCGUUAAACGCCACGCUCGUCAACAAGCAACGAUGCCGUCGUCGGUGAUUUCGAGCCACAGUAUGCACUUGGGAGUUCUUGCGACUGCUUCUCAUGCCGUCCUUACACAUACCUUAUUCGUCGUCUAUUACAAGCCGAGAACAAGUCAGUUCAUUGUUGGAUUGAACAAAUACUUAGAUGCUAUGAACCACGAUUUCGGAGUUGGGAUGAGAUUCAAAAUGCGUUUCGAGGGAGAGGAUUCUCCCGAGCGUCGGUUUUCGGGUACGAUUAUCGGAGUCGAAGAUAUUUCUCCUCAGUGGGAAGACUCAAAAUGGAGGACGUUAAAGGUCCAGUGGGACGAGCCUGCGUCCAUUCCACGACCCGAUCGGGUUUCGCCGUGGGAAAUUGAACCGUUCGUCGCUUCGACUCCCGCCGCCUUUUCUCAGCCUCCGGCAUUUAAGCAUAAAAGGUUCCGUCCGCAUGUCGAAAUCCCGGUUUCAGAACCUGCCUGGAAUCGAGCUCACGAGAUGCAUCAAAUGACGAAUUACAUCGCUAGUGCACACGCCAAAACGGAUGCUGCGGUACCAAUUCCAGCGAACACGAUAUUAACCGCUCGUAUUGACGGGGUGCGACAAUCUCCGGUUGUGAACGCCUCCAAGAAUAUGAUCACCGAAGAAACCGAAGAGAGUCGAUGUGCUUCUGCGUGGUCUCUAGCGUCAAAUCUCACCACUCCAAACACGGGAAAACCCGACGGCGUUGCGUCGUGCCGAUUAUUUGGGAUUGAUUUGAAUAGUCCUUCGGUAGUGACCUUUUGCGAGCAUUCUCCGAAAUCGACCGACGCACCCAAUGACACGUCGGGAGAAGUAUUCGUUCCCAGCGCACAGUCUUCGGGCGAUUCCGAGCAGAAAUCGGGCGUUUCGAAGAGCUUCAAAGACGUCAAACAAGACCAAUUGCAAGUGCCGGCGAAAGAAGUUCAAAGCAGACAGAGCCAUUCCUCGAGAAGUCGCACGAAGGUACAAAUGCAAGGCGUCGCAGUCGGGCGGGCGGUAGACUUGACCACAUUGAAGGGAUACGACGAUCUCGUAACCGAGCUGGAGGAAAUGUUCGAAAUCAAGGGUGAGCUUCGCCCACGAAACAAAUGGGAGAUUGUUUUCACGGACGAUGAAGGGGACAUGAUGCUAGUCGGCGAUGAUCCAUGGCCAGAAUUUUGCAACAUGGUUCGAAGGAUCUUUAUAUGUUCGAGCCAAGACGUAAAGAAGAUGAAAGGAACAAAGAUCCCGAUGCCUGCGACGGACAACGAUAGCUUGAACUUGGAAAGCGUCAUGGAUUAGCGUCGUGUUUCGAUCGUUUGAUUGCUUCGACUGUUUUCACUUCGCUCGUCUUUCUUUCCCCACCGAACUGGACCGGUUUUGUUUACCUGCGUUACAUGAAACUGAGUAGGCUGAUUAAUCGAGCAACGGUUCAUCGACUAGCAUUGGCGAUGCAACGAGGAGUUGCCGUCGACGUCUUUUUCGGGUACUACUAACAAGACUGGGUGAUGGAGGAGAGCAAAAACUAGUGAAGUGAAGGGUAAGAUUUGUGUAAAUAUGUUAGGGUGUGUUUGUGGUUCUGUUCAAUCUUAUGAAAUGCAGUACUUGUAAAUACUUUUAAUUUUUGUGUUGAGUUGAAACACUACUACUACUGAUUCAA